UUUAGAGUGACUAUGAGAGGUUAUUCUGAGGAUUAUUUCAGCUCACGCAGGAUGUUUAACUGGGGUGAUGAGUGGCACAUGUCUUUUGCUGGAUGUGGGUUCAGGAGCAUCUAUUAUGUUGGAGCACUGAGCUGUAUCCUGGAGCGGGUCCCACGGCUGGUCUGUGGUGCUUCUACGUUUGGUGGAGCUUCUUCUGGGUGUCUCGUUGCAGCAGCUCUGGCUGUGGGGAUUCCCAUUGAAAAGCUGUGUUUUAUGAUUUUGAUCACGGCUAAAGAGGCCAGGAAACACAUCCUUGGAGUUUUCCACCCGCGCUUCAGUCUGCUGAGGGUGGUGCAGCGCUCUCUACUGGACAUGCUCCCUGAAGAUGCCCACCUUCGGGCCACAGGAAGGCUCUGCGUGUCCCUCACCCAGCUGUCGAAUGGGAGAAAUGUUUUGGUGUCAGAGUUCGCUUCCAGAGAUGAACUUGUUCAGGUCCUCACAUGCAGCUGCUUUUUCCCAAUCUACUGUGGUUUCAUCCCGCCUUCAUACCGUGGAGUGCUCUACAUGGACGGGGCCCUGAGCAACAACAUGCCUCUGUUCGAGCACAGGAACACCAUCACUCUGGCCCCGUUCUCAGGCGAGAGUGACAUCUGCCCCACUGAGGGAACCUUCAACUUCUUCGAGGCCCACUACAGCAACGUAAGCAUUCAGGUCAACACUGGAAACGUCCAUCGUGUCUGUACGUCUUUCCUACCGCCCAGACUGGAGAAGCUGGCUGAAAUCUGCCACAACGGUUACAUGGAUGCUCUGCGCUUCCUGAAAAAACAAGAUCUACUUGGCGCUGAGUGUAGUCCUUGCAGUCUAGUGUUGAGCGACAAGUUUCCUUGUUGCGAGCCUGCAAAGAUGGAAGAUUGGAAGAAGACGAAGAUGUUGCUGAAUAACGGAGGAAAACGUAAAGAACAUCAGUGGCUGGACCAGAGACUCAUGGAGAACCUCCCAAUGGGUAUUAGGAAAGUGUUGUGUGAGGUCUGCAGGGAGAGUUACAAUGCCGGCAGCUGGUGGUCAUCGCUCACUAACAUCCUUCCUGUGAAGAUGCAGACUCUCCUCCUGCUGCCCUUCAACAUUAGCCUACAUCUCUUUAAAAGGCUGGGAAGAGAACGGCAGACUCUCCGUGGUCACAGCAGGCCUCUGCAGACACACACAAAGACCUGCAGGCAGUGACACCAACAGUCUCCAAACCACCAUGGCAGCAUGUCCCUCUGACUACAUCCAAGAGAGAUACUUAACUUCUCAACAAUUAGUAACCCUGAUAUUUUCCAUCAGUGCCUUCUUGGACUCCAACAGUUGUCUAAGGGUCUCCCUGUACCUGCAUGUGGUGAUGCCAAAAGCAGAAGUAAACACAGCGUAAAGGUCAAACAAUUCGAAAAUAUAGCUUUUUCUAAUUUGCAGACACAAACAUCUAUUUUUUGUUUGGUUACUUAUCUUAGUUGGUUUUAAAGCAGCUAAUUUUUCACCCUAAAAUUGGGAAGCAUUUACAUUUAGAUAUAACUAUGAAUAAAAAGUGUAAAUGUGAUUUUUUUAUUAUUAUUUAUUAAAAGUUAGGAGUAACACAAAACUAAAUAUAUAAAGUUUAAAUAAAAUUUUAUGUGCCUUCUGUUUUAGGUCCUACUUUAAUCCCAGAAUAUUAUAUUUUAUUAUUAUUUAUGUUAUAGGAAUCUCAAAUUUCUGGACAUGAAGUGCAUGUUUAUAAUAAAGAUGACUGGCUGUUUGUAUGAAUUUGUCCAACAUUUUGGGAUCAUGUAGACUCAUGUUUAUCUCAUUAAAUAUCACCACAGC